AAAUCACUGUUCCUGCUUUCUGGACUGAUAAAGUUUUUCAAACCACGUGAUCAACACUGUCAUGGCGGCGCCCUCGUGUCAUGCGUGGCUGUUAUCGUUUGUAGCUGUAUUUUGACAUUUCCAAACACCACACUGGAUAAAGGAAAAUGAAGACGAAGAAGAUGAAGCCGAAAGCCAAGCUGUCCUCCGGGCUUUUAAAACGAGCCAAACGGAGCAUCCAUAUGAAAGGCAGCUGGAAAGCUGUGGAGCUUGAUCCCAGCAUCUUCUCCGAGGAGGGCAUGGAGGGUCUGGUGUGCUUUGAGGAGCUGACAAACUACCGCCUGGUAGACUCCGAGAAGGCAGCAGCCAAAGCAGAAAGGGAACUGAUGAAGAGAGAGAAGCAGAAAGAGAAGAGGAAGGAGAAGCAGAAGGAGAAGAAGAAGCAGGCGAAGAAAAGAAAAGCCAGCGAGGCAGGGGAGGAGGCUGGAGAGAAGGUGGAUGUGGAGAGCAAAGAUGGAGAGCAAGCAGCUGAACCAGCCAAGAAAAAAGCCAAAAAGAAGAAGAAAAUCAAGAAACCAAAUGCAGAGGAAUCAGCCCAAUCAGAUGACAUUUCUGCAGAAGUUACACAGGAGGAUGUAGCUGCAGAAAAGGAGGGAGGGGAAGAUGAAACGGCUAAAGAUGACCCCGUAAAAGAGACGGCCAUUAGCCAAGACCCCGAUGCUCAAUCAAAACCUGCAAAGAAGAGCAACAAAAAGAAGAAAAGAAAAGCAAAGCGGCAGAUAAAAGAGGACACAGUCCCAGAGGAAGAGCCAUCAGAACUUCAGGCUCUGGAAGAAGACAAAACAAACCAGGAGUCUACGUCAGAACCUCCCACUCUGGAAGAAGAGAAGCCAACCCAAGAUAAAGUGACGAAGCCCCCCAAAAAGCAGCAAAAGAACUGGACAAAUGCAGCACUUUGUGGCUCUAAUGACAAAAAUGCUGAUGUGAGUGCAUGGAAGGACCUGUUCAUUCCCUCCCCUGUGCUAAAGGCGCUGAGCAGUCUUGGAUUUGCUACACCGACACCUAUCCAAGCCCUGACUUUGCCCUCCGCUAUCAGGGAUCGUAUGGACAUCCUGGGGGCAGCUGAGACGGGAAGCGGGAAGACGAUGGCUUUCGGCAUUCCCAUGAUCCAUGCAAUCCUGGAGUGGAGGAACAGUUCAGAGAAGCCUGCUGAUGACGACACUAAAGCAGCCAUACAGGUGGAGAGUUUGUAUUUACCUGCUGUGGAGGAGCCCACACAGGAGGAGACAGGAGAGGCAGCUGAAUCCGCAGUAGAGGGGGAUGAUGAGGAAGACACGAUGGCUGAUGAGGAAGGCGGUGAUAGAAUCACGGAGCAGGAUCAGUCUGACACAGAUGAACAUGAAAGUGAAGAUGAGAGGCUCGGAUGUGUUCAAGUAAUUGAAAAUGCAGAGUUUGACUUUGAUCAGGCCGCUGAAGGAGAAGAACAACCUGCUGGUAGUCGAGGUCAGCCUCUGCUCGGGCUGGUGCUCACUCCCACCAGAGAGCUGGCUGUGCAGGUCAAACACCAUAUUGAUGCAGUCGCAAAAUUCACAGACAUCAAAACGGCGAUCGUGGUGGGUGGAAUGGCUCAACAGAAGCAAAGACGGAUGCUGAAGCGAAGACCAGAGAUCAUUAUUGCCACUCCAGGACGUCUGUGGGACUUGAUCAAGGAGAAACAUCCACAUCUGAUGAACUUGAGACAGCUCAAGUGCCUGGUCAUUGAUGAAGCAGAUCGCAUGGUAGAGAGAGGCCACUUUGCAGAGCUGGAGAGUCUGCUGGAGAUGCUGAACACGGUGCACUUCAACCCCACGAGGCAAACUUUUGUGUUCUCAGCCACACUGACCAUGGCUCGCAGCCUGCCCACCCGCCUCCUGCAGAAAAAGAAGAAGAAUCUGGACCAGAGGACCAAGCUGGAAAUUCUCAUGGAGAGAGUGGGGAUCAAGUCCAAACCCAAAAUCGUUGACCUCACCAGAAAGGAGGCGACUGUUGAGACCCUGAUGGAGACACAAAUCCACUGUCAGAAGGAGGACAAGGACUUCUACCUUUAUUACUUCUUGCUCCAGUAUCCUGGCCGCACCAUGGUCUUUGCCAACAGUAUAGACUGUAUCAAGAGACUGAACUCCCUGCUGGUUAUCUUGGACUGCACUCCGCUGCCUCUUCAUGCCAACAUGCACCAGAAACAACGCCUUAAAAACCUGGAAAGGUUUGCUGAGAGGGAGAGUUGUGUUCUUCUAACUACUGAUGUGGCAGCAAGAGGACUGGAUAUCCCCAAUGUUCAGCAUGUUAUUCACUACCAGGUUCCCAGGACAUCUGAGACGUACGUCCAUCGGAGCGGCAGAACAGCGAGAGCCACCAAAGAGGGUCUCAGUUUGCUGCUAAUCGGCCCAGACGACAUGAUGAACUUCAAAAAGAUUUACAAGACUCUUGGGAAGGACGAGAACCUUCCCAUGUUCCCCAUAGAGACCAAAUGCAUGGAGGCAAUCAAGGCGCGGGUAAACUUGGCCAGACAGAUCGAGAAGGUCGAGUUCCACAACAGCAGAGAGAAGCAACACAACUCCUGGUUCAGACAGGCAGCAGAGGCCCUGGAGGUUGACCUGGAUGAUGAGCUUUUACUGGGCAGAGCAAAGGAUGAAGACGAUGAAAGGGAACAGCAGAAGAUGGUGAAGGGGAUGAAAAAGCAUUUGAAGCAUUUGGUUUCCCAGCCUGUAUUCAAGAAUCUGAUAAAGACCAAAUACCCCACUCAAAUGGGAAAGCUGUCCCUGCCUCACAUGCCUCGGGCAAGGACGGAAAGUGCCCUCACCAGCGUUAUAAUAGAGAAGAAUCAGAAGUUAAAGAAAGGUGUUCCACCACAGCAGAAAAAAAAGAAGCAGAAGAAAGGACAGCAGCAGUAACAUGUUAAUGGAAAUGUGUGUUUAAAAAGGAUUUAUGUAGAUUUUACAUACAUUCUUUGCAAUUCAUCCAAAUACUUCUUGCACAGUGUGCAAAAAUUGUAUUUCCAUAUGUUGUUGAAUGGCUGUACACUGCAAGAUUUUAUAAAAUCUGUUUUCAUUAAGUGUU